AUGUUUGCUGCCCUGGAAGCCAAGGUGAAGCUGUUGGAAACAAACAUCGAACAGCAUAAUAUUAGAUUGAACUUAGUUGAGGGUACACUCAAAACUUCUGGAAGUUCAAGGCAAGAUGUCACACUUCCACUCCAUCACCAACCUGGAAAUGUUGUGGUCAACAUUGACGAGAUACCCGAGAAUGGCGCUGGCCAGAGCAUGACUGAUGGCAUGGCCGUCUCGUUCGUAGAUGAGCAAGACUGCGGUUUCUUUGGCCCGUCAUCCAACAUCGCACUCAUGCGGCAUAUAUUACGAGCUGUAGACACAAAAAGGACACAACACGUCAAUCAGACUUCAUUAACACCAGCAUCAGAGUACAGUGCCUAUGAAGGUGGACUAGUGAGUAAUCUAAACGCGUUUCCAACAACCUCGACCGAGCCUCAAAAGGCUGGUGCCAACCUCUUACCACCAGAUGAGGUCAUGCAACGUCUCAUCCGAGCCUACUUUGACAACACAGGGCUAUUGUUUCCGUACAUACACGAGCAAGAGUUCCUCGACACUUAUGAACGAUUCCGGGCAAGUGGCUUCCGAGGUAACGUUCGUCGGACAUGGCUUGGCCUUCUGAAUAUGAUCCUUGCAAUGGCAACUUGUACUUCUUGCUGGGAGGACUCGGGUAGCGAGACUACGUUUGAGGAGUCGGAUGUUUACUAUCGCAGAGCCCAGGAGCUUUGCCAUACACAGAUGUUUAGGGGAACAACUCUUGAAACAGGUAGAUGA